AUGUUUGUGAUUAGUUUAGUUUGGUUAGUCUCAGUUAUUGCCAAUGUUUUUAUGCUUUUUAUGUAUGAAGAACGAAGUUAUAAUUUUAAUGGGCUUAAUUGUGCCCCAAAAUUUGAACCUAUUGUUCAUUUUGGAUAUCAAAUUUACAUGACUAUAGCCCUUUUAAUUGUUCCCCUUGUUGCUAUGACUGUUUUAUAUGGGAAUGUAAUAUAUACACUUAGUUCGGGUAUAAGGAUGGAUAUUGCUGCAAUUUCGGGUACAGAAAGUAGUAGUAAUGCAACUCCUUUAAUGAAUUCUAAUGAUUCUUGUUUAGAAAAACGAAAGAAUUUUCGUAAUGGUGUAAUUAAUAAUUUUACAAUAAAUAGAGAAAAUGUAAAAAGGGGAAGGCUAGUUAAUUUAUUUUUAAUUUAA